AUGCGCACUGGUUUUCGUAGGGGACGUCUAGACAAGGUACAGCAACCUGGUGCUAUUAAUAGCUACACAACAGCCCUUUACCCACCUCGUGUUUACCACUACUACACUGUACCUUCCAGUGGUGUCCUUGCAAACACGUCGGUUAUUGUUGGACCCAGUAUUGAUGAUGGUGUCGGUGAUUUGCGGGGGAGGGAUGUGACUUCAGAUGCCGGCGUUUCCGUUAUGUGUAAGAAGUCGCCGCCAUUACUCCGUGAUUUUGUGGGCUGCUUUGUUGAUGUCAAUCAGUGUUCAGCUGAGGCGCGGGCUUUCGAUAUUAUCGCGUCCGGUAACGAAAUGCUAAAUCUUUUGCAUUACCCCGCUUUGUUGUGUGUUGGCACAGAGGAAAGAAGCGAAACGUAUGUGGGAAACGAUGCAUCACCUAGGAGCGGGGCCACUGCUCAAAAGUUGCGAUUGUGGGAGGAGGUCUUGAAUCUCCCGAACGAACUUCGAUGCUACGGUGUUCCGAAGUGUGAGUUGUCUAGCACUGCCAUGGAUCACCUGAGGAUUCGACCAGUUAAGCGAAAGCGCCUGGUGAAACCGAUGCGACGGGGUGCUAAAGUAUUUGUUUACAACAUAGGUGAGGAACCUCAAGAUGCUCGCAAAAUCAAGAAACAACUGACCGAGGAAGAUGAGCAGAAACCUCGUGGCCCUGUGCAACCAAAGCGGGCAGAGGGGGACAUUCGUGAGGAAGAGGGAGAUGCUGGAUAUGACAAGGACGAUGACGAGGCAUCGCUCUCUUACAGGAUUGAUGACGACGACGAUGGUGGAGACUUGGAUGGGCCAGAGGGCAGCGGUGACGAUAAUGGCUUUUUUUGA